AUGGCCGCCUCUGAGCCACCAGAACCGCCGCCGCGCAAUCCGGAUCGCAUUAAUGCUUCGCUGCACAAGCUAAGUGAAUCUAAAAAUAUCAAAUCGCUCGACUCCAGCAUAGCAACAAUUAACGAAAAAACGAUUAACAAUAAUAAACCACUCAAGCCGAUACUAUCGCUGGACCACGGCAGUGGUGGCGUCAGUAACAUCACCGGUGUAAGUGGCAGUGCUGCCACCACGACAACCGGCACAACAGCAGCACUAAGUGCCAAAAGUGUAACGCCAGCAAGCGCCACGACAGCUGCUGCUUCGGGUUCGGCUACAGCUUCAACUUUAUCUUCCACCGCCAAUCUACCAAACUCCACUACUACGCUACAACCAGCCUCACCAUCAGCGGCAUUUGUGUAUAGUAAGCGUAGUACAGCGACUUCAGCGUCGACGACGACUGCGUCAGCAACGCCAACAGCAACGGCAUCUUCGGCAACGGUGUCAGAUUUAACAUCUGGUGGUGUCGCUGAUAGCGUCUCGCCGCUUAGUUCGAAUGGCAGUAGCAGUAAUCAAACACUUAUCUCACCAAUGACGAUCGAUAAUCAGCAGCAUCGCCUGAGUUUUCCCAAUAAAAACGAGGCGCAUGCAACACUUAUGGCACAACAACAGCAACAACAUUUGAAUGGCGCAACUGCAGCAGCGACGCUGCUAAAUGGUGGCGGCACUAAUGCGGGUAGUAAUGCAUUGAAUGCCAAUAAUCCGAGUGUGAAUGCGGCGACGGCCUCGAUAGUUACGGCGAAUCACUCGAAUACAGCAACAAGUGCAGAUUCCCCAACGAAAUUGCGCGAAGAAAAUGAACGGCUUGGCGCUGAAAUUCACCGCCUCCGCAAACUGUUGGAAAACUCACCCGAAGGCGCUGUCGGCGGAGUGGAUCUUUCAGAUUCAAAUAGCUGUGGCGAUGCGCAAUCGACCGACGGCAGUGGCGGCAUACCCCACCAGCGUGUCGAUCGUCUCGAAGCUGAGCUACGUUCGGCGAAGAAUCAAAUAAUGACACUUCGUAUCGAACGCAAGAAACUGCGCGCCGAUAAAAGUGAACUGCUGACGCAAGUGAAACAACUCUGCGCCUCGCUACAGGAUAAAGAACAAGAACUGCGUGAUUUCAUACGUAAUUUCCAAGAUCGUGUGCGCGAAACCGAAACGAAUAAUGCCAAACUGACCGGCGAUCGAGAACGCGAGCGUUGGCAAUUGCUGAAACAAGCACGCGAUGAGGCCGAACGUUCUUUGACGUUGGCACAACAAUUGAAUGCACGCGACUUGCAGUUACAGCGGCUGCAAGAUCAACUACAAGAGGCACGUCGCCAACUUUCUGGCUGUCUGUCGGAUCAAGAGAGCUUGCUAUCGUUCGCUCCGCUAACACCACCAUCGGCCACUUCGGGUAUGAUUAAUCAGAUAACAACAACAGUAACGGCGAACAGUGGCAUGCGCACUGAUGACAGUGGGCGUGGCAAUUCGAAUUCACUGUCUGCAUUUAGCAGCAGCUUAAGCGGUGGCUCAGGUGCAACGGCGGGUGAUCGUAAUUCAUGCUCGAAUGACUCGGGCUUGCGGAAUAGCAGCGAUCGUGAAAGCACCGGUGGAGAUUUGAAUUUCAGUGACGGUACUUGCGAGAACGGACCAUGCAUAACAGUUGACCCGGACAGCAUCUCGUUGGUCUCCAGCCAAAAUAUGUAUCAAUAUGGCACACCCAAGGAGCGUAGUCCAACUCUGUCACCUUUGAACUCUGCCGCCUACUCGAGAUCUGUGGAGCAACUUGGCUCGCCAGUGGAAUCGGAUGGUACUGGCGCUGUGGCGCGUAAGUUCACUCCCAAAACUGGAACAUUAAGUACGCGUAAUGGGCGUGGCGGUACUUGGGGUAGUAUUUCACGAGUCUUUGCACGUUCGCGUAAUAAAAAUAAAGCUUUGUCGGCAGAUGGCGCUGCCGAAUACGCUGACUACUCUUGGAGUCCACUCUCGGAAGAAGGCUAUGCUGAGAAAUUACGAUUGUUGCGCGACGCUUCACAACUGCCAAUGGAAAGGUGGAGAGCCUCACAGGUGCUCGCCUGGUUGGAGGUAGCGCUCGGCAUGCCCCAGUAUAGCACGCGUUGUGCGGAAAAUGUGAAGAGUGGCAAAGUAUUGCUCGAGUUGAAUGAUGGUGAGUUGGAGGCGGGCUUAGGAUUGGUGCAUCCAAUGCACCGUAAAAAGCUACGCUUGGCAAUUGAAGAGCAGCGACGCCCCGAAAUGGUACGUUAUCCCAUGAUUACACAACUGGGACACACUUGGGUGGCUUCCGAAUGGCUGCCUGAUAUUGGACUACCGCAAUAUGCUGAUUCGUUUCUACACUCGCUGGUUGAUGCGCGUAUGCUGGACACGUUGUCGAAAAAGGAGUUAGAGAAAUUUUUGGGGGUGACGCGAAAAUUCCAUCAAGCCAGUAUUGUGCAUGGCAUUCAUGUGCUGCGUAUUGUGAAAUAUGAUCGUCAAACUUUGGCUAUGCGUCGCGUGCAAUCGGAAAAUGUGGAUACAGAUCCGAUUGUAUGGACCAAUCAACGUUUCAUACGCUGGGCCAGAUCUAUUGAUUUGGGAGAAUAUGCUGAUAAUUUGAAAGACAGCGGCGUGCAUGGCGGCCUUGUCGUAUUGGAGCCAUCAUUUUCAGGUGAUACUAUGGCCACAGCACUGGGCAUACCACCAUCCAAAAAUAUUAUACGACGUCAUCUCACAACGGAAUUUGAUGCGCUCAUUUUGCCUGCAAGAGCGACCUUGGGCCAGGGCAUACGCUCCGGUUGCGGCAUAGUACCGAUUACCGGACCGGGCGGCUUGCAACACUAUGCCACAACUGAUCGCCGCUCCAAUGGCGCACUGCGGAUAUCGGCAUGGAAAGGAUCACAGAGUUCUCUCUCUAAAGCCUUCCGUUUCAAUGCAAAAUCAUCACGUAGCGGAAACUCCAUUGGGGAUCGUUCAUCCUUCGGCAACUCCACCUCUCCCACACCAUCGUAUAGUAGCUCCGAAGGUGGUGGAGGAAUUUACGCCACUAUAGGCGGCCAUCCACCGCACUCAGCGCCGCUCUACCCCACCACCGCACACCACUUCCCACCACCUACAACCGCACCACCACCACCACCGCCCUCAUCAGCCCCCGGUAUUGGAGCCCACGGAAGUGGCGGCAAUAUCUUCAACUACGCACCGCCCGGACAUCGUGUGAGUGCGCCACCUGUGAGUAGUAGCAGCAGCAUAGCCGAGUCAAUGACAGAUCCAAAUGCUUUGUAUGAGCAACAUCGACGUGUGAAAAGUAUCAGUGAUAUUGGCAUUUCGGCUGGAGCGGGUAGUGCAGUAGCCGGCGGAACGGCCACCAUGGGCGCAACGUGCACAACGGCAGUAACGUCAGCAUCGCUGAAGAGCAUCGGCAGUAUGGGUAGUAGUAGUGGUGGUUUCGGUAGUGGAAGUGGUGGUGUCGGCAUCGCCAGCAGCGGCGGUAGCGGCGGUGGCGGCGGCUGUACUUCAGGCUCUUCCGGCUCACCUGUAUGAGAAUCAGUUAUCAUGUAAGACGCGUCGUAUGCGUGCUUACAUACAUAUCUAGAUAAAUGCAGUACAUAUUGAAUUGAGUUGCAAAUGGGAUAAUGUCAAUAAAUAU